UUUUGCUCCCUUUACGUAUCUUCCACGGUACAGAUAUUCUGUAGAUAUAUAUUAUCGCCCUACUUCAAUUGGAAAUUCCCGGUUUCCUUUGCUUGUGACUAUCUUUUCUUGGUUGGUUUACUAUGUGUGGCCGAUAUGCCCUCGGCGUGCGCAUGGCCUUCAUACGGCGCCGUCUUCAAGAACAAGGUCUUCAGGUUGAUGAAGCAUCCCCUGAUGACGACGUGAGAGAGACAUAUAACUUCGCCCCGGGAAACUACGGUGCCGUUUACCGCGCGGAUAUAUAUCGCAUCGAGGAACACGAGAAAAACGAUACUGAAUCUCACCGUGCGCCGAUCCAGGACAGAGCUGAAGACACAGAUCAAGAAAACCGCCCGCAGCUCAAAUAUAAAAUCCAGAGUAUGAAAUGGGGACUAGUUCCGUUCUGGACGAAGCGGAAACCGGACUACGGGUCGUUGAUGCGCACGAUCAAUUGCCGGGAUGACUCGUUAGUCGACGACCGGGGGAUGUGGACAUCCAUGAAGCGGAAGAAGAGGUGCAUCGUGGUUUGUCAAGGGUUUUAUGAGUGGUUGAAGAAAGGGCCCGGAGGGAAGGAGAAGGUGCCGCAUUUUGUGAAGAGGAAAGAUGGGGAGCUGAUGCUUUUUGCGGGACUGUGGGAUUGUGUUUCUUACGAAGGAUCGGAUGAAAAGCUCUACACCUAUACGGUUAUCACGACAUCCUCAAAUCCAUACUUGAAGUUCCUUCAUGACCGGAUGCCGGUGAUUCUCGACCCGAAUAGCGAGGAAAUGAAGAUCUGGCUGGACCCGAAUCGGACGACAUGGUCGAAGGAACUACAGUCAGUGCUGAAGCCGUACGAAGGCGAAUUGGAAUGCUAUCCCGUUCCUAAAGAGGUCGGGAAAGUUGGCAAUAAUUCCCCCGACUUUAUUGUGCCGGUAAAUAGUAAAGAAAACAAGAGUAACAUCGCCAAUUUCUUUGCAAAUGCAAAGAAAAAGACGGAGCCUGGUGUCAAGGUCGAAGCUGAGAGCAAAGAAGUAAAGGGCACUACGGAUCUGAACGUAUACAAGGAUGAAGAGGAUCCGCAUCCAACGGUGGACGAUGAAUGGAGUGAGGAUAAUGCCCCCAAGCCAGCAGCGGGAGUCAAACGAGAGCAUACUCCUGAGAGACCUGGAGAGGUAGUUGAGGAAGGGAUGAAGAAACCAAAGACAGAGCCUAACACCCCGUCAUCAAAAAAGACCGCGGAGCAUAGCUCACUAUCGAAGCAGCACGCUACCCAUGUCGGGGGAAAGACGCGAAGUGCCACCCAUAAUGAAAAGCCCGUGAAAAAGGCAGACCAGAAGUCGCCAGCUGAUGGAUCCCAACGGAUCACAAAGUUUUUCUCAAAAUAAGGUUAGUUCGCUUGUAUCUACGAAUGGCAUGCAUGUGUGUUUUCUGGGCUGGACCUGGAGAUGUUAGUUUUCCAUGUUUCAGU